ACUAUCUACUGAUUGGCAAAACAGAGCAUUUUGCUUAAUGGCGCUGUACAUGAAUAGAUUCCAUGUAGAAAAUGUAGAUUUAUAAUAUAGUAUUACUUUGGUAGCCCAUAUCAAAAACAGAUGUUUUUAAAGGAAUAAACUGAGUAGUGAGAGAUAUAAAGUAGCAGGCAUGCGCAGAGUUUUGCAGUUUUGUUAAAUUUAGCAUUGUCGUGCUGUGUAAGAGUACGUUGGAUGCGGAUUAUUUUAUUGAUCGAUUAAGUAGAGAAAUAUUCACGUUGUAUUUUUGUAGUUUUUUCCAGUAUGCCUGCCUUUCGUCAAGUGGGAGAGAAGCAGCUUCCAAACCCCAUUCUGUUUAUGGUGUGGUCUCCGAAAAGGGAUCUGAUAGCAUUAGCUAACAGGGCCGGCGAGUUGCUGCUGCAUCGGCUGGCGAAUUUCCAGCGAGUGUGGAGUUUGGCUCCCAAUGAGAACACGGGCAAGGAAAUCACCGCUUUGGCGUGGAGGCCCGAUGGAAAAAUCCUGGCCUUUGGUGUGGGGGACACCAGGAAGGUGGUCCUCUGCGAUGCUGAGAAGGCUGAGAUCCUGCACUUGUUCCCCGUGGAGAACCCGAUCACGUGUAUGCAGUGGAUGGACGUACUGGAGGAGAGCAGCAUCCUUACCUCCUUCUAUAAUUCGGAAGAUGAGUCCAACCUGUUCCUGCCCAAGCUAGCUACACUUCCAAAGAGCUAUAGCACCACAUCAAAGAUAUUUAGUGAGGAGAAGUCAGAUGAGGUCAUGAACCUCCUGGGUGAUGCACGGCUCAACAUGCUGGUGCUGGGGGGACACUCUGGCUUUGUGGAGCUCUAUGCCUAUGGCAUGUACAGGAUCGCCACCUUGAGCGGGGUCCCUGGGACCUGCAGAAGCCUCUGUCUGUCUAGCGACUUGAAGUCACUGGCCGUCGUCACGGAGAUCAAAGCCACAGAUGAUCAGCCUGAGAUCAGCUACAUUCAGCUGGACACCAAGCUGCUGUCGGACUGUCUGCCUGAGCUGGCCAGGAUGGCAUUCAAGUUCACCCACAUCUCCACGCUGCUGCAGUACCUGAGGCUGUCGCUCACCUGCAUGUGCGAGGCCUGGGAGGACAUCCUCAUGCAAAUGGACCUGCGGCUCACCAAGUUCGUCCAGGAGAAGAAUACUAACACCCAGGUGCAGGAUGAGUUUCUCGAGCUGCUUCUGUGGGGGAAGUCAAGCCCUGAACUCCAGGGUCUCCUCAUGAACCAGCUGACUGUUAAGGGCCUCAAGAAAUUGAGUCAGUCCAUCGAGUCGUCCUACUCCAGCAUCCAGAAGCUGGUCAUCAGCCACUUGCAGACUGGCGCAGAGGUCCUGCUGUACCACCUGAGCGAGGUGAAGGGGAUGUCGCUCUGGAAGCAGAAGUUUCAGCCCCUGGGUCUGGAUGCCUCUGCUGUCGAAGAUGCCAUCACUGCUGUCGGGUCUUUCACCCUCAAGGCCAAUGAACUUCUUCAGGUUAUAGAUAAGAGCAUGAAAAACUUUAAGGCCUUUUUCCGAUGGCUCUAUGUCGCGAUGCUACGGAUGUCUGAUGACCAUGUUCCCCCAGAACUCAACAAGAUCACUCAGAAAGACAUUGCUUUUGUGGCAGACUUCCUGUCAGAAUAUUUCAGUGAGAAUGAAGAGCUAUUUGACCGCAAAGGGAAGUACUUCAAUGUCGAGUGUGUGGGCCAGUACCUGAAGGAUGAGGAUGAGGACCUGGUGUCACCUCCCAACACGGAGGGGAACCAGUGGCUCAGUUUUAUGAAGGGGAGCACUCACCUGAAAGAGUCGCCCCUACUGUUCCCUUCAUACCCACAGAAGUCCCUGCACUAUGUGAAAAGGAUGAUGGAGAGCGCUAUUGAACUGUGUCUGCUGAAACCUGCAGAAGUCAUUGGGAAGUCUGUGAAACAGGCUUUCUGUGUGCCUUUGUACUCUGCUGCUGAAAGCUCAGAAAGCAGUCCGAGGCCUUUUGAAUUGCCAUCACUGUGGAACGAUAAGAAGGCCGCCAUGCACUACGUAGUCUUCUCCAUGCCUGAGGUGUCACCUUGCCUGCUCUACCUGAUGCGGAGGCACACGGACCCGCACAGGCCUGUCCCCAGCCCUCUCAUUGCCAUCGACCUGAGCAGCUCCCUCCAGAGCGGCAUCGACUCCAGCAGAGACGCCCAUCAGUAUGGUUGCCUAGACGCACGUAUCUAUGACGACGAGACGCUAACGGUGGUGCUCCGGGAAGCCGGGGAGGAGGAAGGGAGCCAGCGUGUUCUGGCCCAGCUGCCCCUGGGGUCUGUGCUCAGCUGUGAGGAGGAAUUCACAUGGGACCACACCCAAAAACUGGAGCAGCAGGCUGCGGGAGUGCCAGCCCAGAUGCUUGCCCUGGAGAACCAGUGGCGAAUACUGGAAAACAUGAGGGCCCAGUUCGUAGCCGUGAAUGGCGUGCGCAGGGUGGCCUGUGUGCUGAGCUCGAACCUCCGGCACGUCCGCGUCUUUGAGAUGGACGUGGAGGAUGAGGAGGACGAGGAGCGGCUGGCAUCGCCGGAGGCCAGUGCUGAGCAGGAGCAACUGGAGGAGCUGCUGGCCAGCCAUGUGGAUGGCGAGGGCGAGGGGGAGAGACCAGAAGGAGAGGGGGGUGCGGAGGGUGCCCCCGCAGAGGCGCUGGGGCUGCCUGAGGAGCAGGCCCUGGAUGCGGACCCACUGUGACCCCAUAAGCAGAGGUCAUUAGUAUAAUGUACAGCCAGAGCGGCUGCCUUGGAAGCAACUGUUUGAGCUGCAGCUCGACUUUGUGCUAACAAAAGGUAAUCAGACUUUUCAUGGAGAGGACACAGUGAAACCAAAAUCAAACAACUGACUAAUAAACUAUCUGUGUGUCUUUGG